GAUCCGUCUGAACAAUGGCAAUGUGGGCGUGUCCGUUGACCAAGAGUUUGUUCCAGGAAGUGACACGGGUGUGUGUCGGUAAACUGUGCUUUCAUUUUGAAUCUCGUGAAGAAGCCCCAGACCGUGAUGUAUUCUGGUAAAGCGGACAUGUCGGAGUCCGUCGGGUCCCGGUCCUCGGAGUCCCGGGCUCUGAGGGUGGACCUCCUGAAAGAGCCCGUCCUCAGCCGGCUAUGCGACGCGCUCGAUAAGAGCAACGUGAAGGGAUGGCGGAGACUCGGGGACGUUGUCUCCUCUGACAGGCGCUUCCAGAUCAGCGCGGAGGAGAUGGAGCUGUGCUCCCUGAAGGUGCUCGAGCUGGAGGGCAGCCCCAGCCGGAUGCUGCUGCGGCUCCUGCGGGAGCGGGGCUGCACCGCGGGUCACCUGACCGACUACCUGCGGACCGUGGGCAACGAGGCCGCCCUGCAGUGCGUCAAACAGCCCGGCCUCCAGGUGCUCAUCCAGCCGCUGUCGGCCUCGGUGCCCCGGGGCCACACCCUGCGGCUCAGCUGCCACGCCCGGGCCCCGUCCCCCGGGGUACAGUACCAGUGGUUCAAGAGCAGGGAGGAGCUGCAGGCCCGCUGUGCCCCAGACCUGGUCCUGGACAGCGUGGGGGUCCGGGACUCGGGGUUCUACAUCUGCAGGGUGAACUGUGGGGAGGUGUUCGAGUUCAGCCGCUGGGCCCAGGUGGAGGUGCUGGACCCAGGCCCCGGGGCCGGCGCGGGGCCCCCGGCGGCGGGGGGGCGGCUGCGGGUGCUGAUCCAGCCCCGGCCGAGGCAGCUGGCGGUCGGGGACACGCUGCGGCUGGAGUGCGGGGCCCUGGGCCGGCCCCUCCCCCGCUACCAGUGGCACCACAACGGGGCCCCCCUCCCCAACGCCUCCCGAAGGACGCUCACGAUCCCCAGCGCCCUGAACGCCCACCGGGGGCGCUACCGCUGCGAGGCCAGCAGCGGCAACGAGCGCUGCUGGACCAACGAGGUGGACGUCGUCCUGGGGCCCCGGAUAUCUGUGCUGAGUUCAGGGGCAAUGGAGUGCUCCGAAGAGGACUUCUACGGCCUUGGAGCGAGUGCCAACGACUUCCUUCUGAACAGCGCACCAGAGGAACUGUGUGCCACAGACAAGGUGGCCCUCCUGAUGGGGAACCUGUCGUACAUGAACCACCCCCCGCUCAAAGCCCCCAUGGUGGACGUGUACGACCUCACCAACCUGCUGCGCCAGCUGGACUUCAAGGUGGUGUCCCUGCUGGACCUGACGGAGGCGGAGAUGAGGAACGCCGUGGACGAGUUUCUGCUGCUGCUCCACAAGGGCGUCUACGGGCUGCUGUACUACGCGGGCCACGGCUACGAGAACUACGGCAACAGCUUCAUGGUGCCGGUGGACGCGCCCAGCCCGUACCGCUCAGCCCACUGCCUGUGUGUGCAGAGCGUCCUGCAGCUCAUGCAGGACAAGCAGACCGGCCUCAACGUCUUCCUGCUCGACAUGUGCAGGAAGAGGAACGUCCACGACGACCACACUCCAAACAUCCUGCUCAGGGUCACCGCCAACAUCGUCUUCGGCUACGCCACGUGUCAGGACGCUGAGGCCUUCGAGCUCAGCUCCAGCGGGUUGACCAACGGCGUGUUCCUGAAGUUCCUGAAGAGGCGUCUCCUUGACGACGAGAAGAUCACAGUGGUGCUGGACAAAGUCGCCGAGGACAUGGGCCAGUUCGACCCCACCAAAGGGAAGCAGGCGUUGGAGAUCCGCAGCAGCCUAUCAGAGAGGAGGGCUCUGACGGACCCCGUGCUGCCCGCCCACGGCGUGGACCUCGCUCUGGCUCACAACCGGCAGUGGGCCAAAGCGCACGAGCUCCCUGAGAUCAUGCUCCUGGACUUCGACUGCGGGGCGCAGAUCAAGCUGGGCUUCGCGGCGGAGUUCUCCAACGUGCUGGUGAUCUACACCCACAUUGUGAAGAAGCCUGAGGACAUGACCUCCUGCCAGGCCCACGUCACAGACUUCUCUCAGGAGCUGGACGUGGACCCCAAGGAGAUGAACCGGGAGACCCCGGAGGAGACGGGGGUCUACCUGCUGUCCGACAGCCUCCCCCAGCACAGCCUCUACACCCGCAUCAGCGGCCUGCAGAAGCUCAAGGAGGCGCUGGUCUUCACCGUGGUCCUCCAGGGGACCUUCUCCUCGCUGGACGAGCCCGUCUGCUGGACCCGCAGCGUGGACAUCGGGAAGCCGCUGAUCGCCCGGCUGGACCUGCACCACGUCGUGAGGCGCAGCAGCUGCCUGCAGACCUGCCUCACUCCCCACAGCCCCUCCCGUAGCCCCGCCCACAGCCCCUCCCGUAGCCCCGCCCACAGCCCCACGCGUAGCCCCACCCUCGGCCACAGUCCCCGCCCCCAGCACCACGGCCUCCAGCCGGGGGCCCCCAGCCCGGGCCGGCUCUCCCCCCACCGCCUCAGCCCCUACCUGGAGGGCGGGACCGCCUGCUGCCCCCGGCUUCUGGAGGGCGGAGCCCCCGGUGGGACUGGCGGAGCCCCCGGUGGGACGGGCGGAGCCCCCGGUGGGACGGGCGGGGCCCCCGGUGGGACUGGCGGAGCCCCCGGUCGGACGGGCGUCCCCAUAGAAACCACUGACGACAUUGAGGAGCUGCAGACGGUGUUCAUGAACAGCCUCCAGCUGUAGACGGCC